GUACUUUUUGAACAGGUUGGACGUCUGACCAGGAACAUGAAACAUGAGCAGGAAUGGAAGUGACAGUCUGGGACUGAGCCUGAACGGGAGAACAGGCGUAACCGUUGUGCGCAUCUAUCAUAAAGAUAGCCGUUAGCUUAGCUCGUGGAAGAUUCGAAGUUGUUCAACGUGUUCAAGUGGCGUAAGGUGACUUCUCACGCGUUGCUGCCUUAUUUUACCGCAUUUGUGGAUCCAGUUCUGUUCCAUCUAAAAGAUGAACUCACUGGGCAGUUCUUCCAAAUGGCCAUCUUACGACUCGCUACCCUCCACUCCGAGCUUUCUCCUCAGUGAGAGUGAGCAGACCGAGGAUGAAACGGACGUCUUCUCUGAGGCAGAGGGGGACAGCGGAAAGACAAAGUCCCGCUCAGUUGGUGAAGGAAUCACAGUUUCUGGAAAUUACCUUCCAUUUCCAACUCAUUCAGAUCAGCUGCACUCAAGGUCGACAAAGAGCGAUCAGGCCGGACACCGCCCUGACAAAACUAAGCAUCACGGCUCGGCCUCCUGUCCUGGAGCUGCCACAUUAGGCUCGUCUUCAGCAACACCAGGGGACUUGGUCUUCGCUCAGAAAUGUGCCGAUUUGAGCAGGUUUAUCCAUCCUUUGCUUGGGCUUCUACAUGGACUGAAGACUGGGAGAUUUGCCAAAGCAGGGUUAUCUGGUUUGCAGCAAAGUGUUGCCAUUGACAGAUUACAGAGGAUUCUUGGAAUACUACAGAGGCCUGAAAUGGGUGAGAAAUACCUCCAGACCCUGCUGCAGAUAGAGACUAUGCUCAGAGUUUGGUUUCCUCAGGUGGCAUUUCAGUCCACAGAUGCACUAAGCCAGACCACCACUCCCAGAGUCCCACCAAAAAAUCAGCUCCACAUGCCCGUUAAGAAGAGAAAACUGAGCUGGUCAGACUCUGACCACUCAGGCAAAGUGCCAACCAAGCAUAAGCAACAUCAGUAUAGAAAAUUUGGGAGCUGCCAGACUGCGACCUCACUUGAAAGUGUUUCCACAUGUCCACCUGGAUCACCCAAAAAACAGAAAAUUCAAGUGGAAGAAACAGUUGGAGGAGCUUGGGGCAAGUUGACAUCUGGACACGCGUUUGCAGACAGCACUAGCACUUUAAGUGGGGCUUCAUAUUCAUGUAGCAAGAGAGAAAAUGAAAAUCGGAAGCAGCCUGAGAUUUCUCUGCUGACCCCUUUUGACAGCCCAGCUGCACAAGACAGCUCAGUGUCCUCAAGCGACACCAUUACUACAAGUAACUCACCUUAACUGGCCUCAGCUGACCUUGCUACCGCAUGGAGGUGCCACAGCUUGCCAGCCAGAGUGAAGACAGAGGACAAACUUGAUUGCGUAAUCAUAACCCUGGGCACAGAGCCCGGCUGUGAUGACUGCAAGGCAUGUAAAAACCAGAAGAGGAGGAGGAGGAGGAGGAGGAGCAGAAAUGCUGAGAGAGACUCGUUAACCCCCAACUACCCAGUGUGGUCUUUGAUUGUACUGGAGUUAUUGCACUAUACUACCAGGUAUUUGUAAGAGUGUCACUUUAGUAUACAUUUACUUUUAUUAAGUUAAAAAAAAUGUUGGAAAUACUUUACACACGUAAGGCAUCAAUGCUCUGCUUUUGUAUGCUUGCUUCCAUAUCAUGGAACUCAGCCCUAACCGGAACAAUAUGGGAUUUCAUGGCAUUAGUUAAAAAAAACAAAAAACAAAACAAAAAGCCAACACUGAGGAUUGUUGCUGUUACAGUUUGCAACAAGCUGAAACAAUUGAGUGGCCAUCCAUGAAAUGAUUUUUCAAGCAAAAAUAGCUUAAAUAUGCUGGUUCCAGCUUCUUACACAUGGAGAUUUCUUUGCUUUUCUUUGUCACCUGUGAUAGUAAACUAAUCUCUAAACUUUUUUUUUUCCAGACCAAACAAAGAAUAAAUAGAAAAAAAAAACAUUGGCAGCAAAGCCCCUCCCAGACUGUGGCAAUCUUAAACCAUUUUGCAUUAUAAUAUACGCACCUUACGUCAUAGUCACUUCUUUAUUUAUUAGCAUUUAACUUAGUUUUGAUGUAAAUAAGAAUAGAUGUGGUUGUACUUGUGUUCAAAGAGUAAAAUGCUGCACAGGUAAUGACCACACCCUCAACAAAGUUGAGACGCUUGGCUACAUGUCAAUAUGUCAGUCACUCCGUUUAUCCAGCCGGUGAGUGCACUGGCUUUGUGUAGAAGGAACUGAAAACGUCAUGCAUUUUUAUUACAGAUAAGAGUUUCAAAUAACUAUUUUUUUUCUAUAUUAUAGAACAGGCUGACUGUAUUUGAUCCAGUGAACAUUGGAGUAGAUCCUACUGCACUUGGAUGACAAUGAGGAAAUGUUACAGCUUUGUUAACAUUAAAGAGUUGUGAAAUUAUUUAUUAAGGAUCCUACUUGGAGGAUUCAUACUUGAAAACCUUGAUUCAAUUGGCAGACUUGCAGAGCCAGCGUGAAUGCUUUACAGGUAAACUUGUCAUUUGACUGUGUUUAUAUUAUAUUGGGAUUUGGGCACUGGGGAUGAAAGCAUUAAAAAGGCAGAAAAAUUAAAUUGCGCUUGUCGUUCCCCACAAAAUGCCCCAAAUGCAUUGUGUCAUUAUUAUUAUAAGGGUAUAGAACAGCUUCUGUGUCCCAUUUAAAAUGCAUUUGUGUCGCUGACUUGCUGUUAUAAAUUUCCCUCAAAGUGCUUUACUCUUGGUUAUGUAAUAAGGAAUAUCAUGGAGAUGUGCUUAACGAAACAAUUUCCAUUCCCGAACACAUCAGUUAUUUUUGAUGGCAUUUGCACCACCAUAUUUUAAACAGGAUAUCAUUCAUGUUGAAUGGUGUUUCAUCUUUGGUGGUUUGUCGCCAGCCAGCCUUACUUAUAUGACAUAAAGAUAGUUGUAUACUUUUCUGAAAUUACAUCAUUAAUCGUACAAAAAGUGUAUUUGGCAAACAAAGUUAAAUUCAACAUGUCACCGCAUAUGUCAUUGCAAACCAAACGUGCUCUUGUGUAGCUGUUUCUCAGGCAUCACCGUUAGGCUGCAAGCACAUCGUGGAAAACAUCACUGUAGUGUAGUGUUUUUGAAAUGUAAAAUGUAGCAGUUGACUGCGCAGGUUUGCUGUGCUGAGUCACACAUCUUUCAUUUGUGAUAGGAGAAAAAGAGUAAAAAUCAAAUUUUCCAGUUGGAUGUAUUUAAUUUGUCUUGUUUUUAGUUUCUUUUGUUUUAGGCUUUUUCUUUGUUUCUUACAAAUAAAAUUGUUGUUCUUUGUGAUGAAUGCUCAUAUUUUUUAUAUAUUAAAUGAAUGAUGUGAUUCAUCAAAAUACA